AUGAAAAAAACAGCUCUCGCUUCUCAAAAGUUGUUUGGGAAUUGUUCUUUGUUUGCAACAACAAAACCAUCAUCAACCUACCCCUUCUUGCCCCAACAUCAUUACAGUACAGAAACAAGUGCAUGGUUUUCUCAGUGCAUCACUCUUCAGAGAAAACCUGUUCGGAUCAUUGUUUCAAAUUCCAACGAUCCCUAUUUCAAUUUAGCCACCGAAGAUUAUUUGUUUGUUGAUGAGGCGAGUAAACAAGUUGAAACGUUGUUUUUGUGGAGAAAUGAUAGGACUGUGGUGAUUGGAAAACAUCAAAAUCCCUAUAAAGAAUGUAAUAUUUCAAAGAUGAACCUAGAUGGAGUCAAUCUAGUUCGACGACGAUCGGGUGGUGGAGCAGUUUAUCAAGAUUUAGGAAAUAGUAUUUUUACUUUUAUUUCUCCAAAAGAAGAUUAUUCAAAAGAAUUAAAUUUUCAAAUUUUGAUGGACGCACUUAAACAUGGUUUCAACAUUCAAAGUGAACUCAGUGGAAGAAAUGAUUUAAUUUUGUCUGAGUGCAAAAGAAAAAUUAGUGGAUCUGCGUUCAAGCAAGGAAAAGAUGUUUGUGUACAUCAUGGUACCAUGUUACUCAAUCUUGACGUGAACGCAUUACAAAAUUAUUUAACUCCACACAAACUAAAGUUAUUGAGUAAGGGAGUAGCUAGCGUUGCAAGUAGAGUUUGCAAUUUAACAACAAUUUCUUCAAACAUUUCUCACGAAUCUCUUAAUACAUCAAUCAUUCGUGAAUUUUGUAAGAGGCAUGAUUUUGAUCGCCAAGUUGAAGUAGAGGCCAUUGAUCAUAGCUCUUUUGCAAGUAACAAUGGAUGGAAAGAUUUUUACAAACAAUUAAGCGAUCCAGAAUGGAAUUAUGGUACGACACCAGAUUUUACAUACAAUAUCGAAACCAAAUUUGAUUGGGGACUUGUUGAUCUUCAUAUUGAUUACAAAUCAGGGAAAAUUUCGUCUGUAAAAAUGUUCAGCGAUUCUCUCUUUCCAGUACUUGUGGAAUCCGUUGAGGAAGGUCUCGUUUCACAAGAAUUUUCAAUGAAUGGAAUCAAGUUAUUCGAGUCGUGGAUGCUGGAUGUGAAAAUACUUCUCUUCCUAACAUUGAUGACGCAUCCAAGCAAUUAUUACAAACGUACACCACCCAACUUUGUGCAUGGAUGUGUAUUGCUCUAUUUCAAUAAGAUCUCUGCCAUCUCUGUUGAAUUGGCGUUUGAAUAA